AUGGACGAGAGUGACGACUUCAGGACGCCUCCGACGAGUGUGCUGAGCUCACCGGCGCUGUCCAGGCGGCAGUCUGAUGCUGAUGAGGACGAUGAUGAUACUCGCACGCCAGAGGAGCUGUCACUUGCUACUCGACCGCUACCCUCGACUGACUAUGAUGAGGACUUGGCUGUAUCUGCCCAAGCGCUACGACUAGCAACGUCUCACCGAUCCAAUGGGUCGCCGCAGCUUGCCAGUCCGACGGCCAAUGGCUAUGUUGAGACAAGACAGCGACGGCCCAGUCUCAUCUCAUCCUCGAGCGAGCCACACACACCAAACAGAUCACGCCGCAGUAGCUCAAGAAGCUCGCUCGCAAACGGAGGGACGCCCUCCCGACCUGGCCUAGCAAUACGGCAAAGACACGACAGUGCAUUGAGCGAUAGGCCCGGUUCUGCAGGAGCACUGGGCAGAUUGGGCAUGCAUGAUCAGACGUGGCAGUCCGCCCAAAGCACACGACAGCCUUCUUCGUCCCCGUCGUCUUCCUUCUCGCACGCAGAGACGCCUUAUGUCUUUGCAGAAGAUGAGGGGUACAAUGCCUACGCGUCUGUCUCGCAACCAACGACGACCGACUCGCCUACACACGAGCGCAGUGCACCACUGGACGGCGCAUUCACUUCUGUGAGGCUAUCACCAGAUACACAGAAAGCUUUCCAGCUCAGCGCUGCAGGCACCAACGGCCGAUACGUGUCUGAAAAGACAGUGCAGGACAAAGCAGCCAUCGAACAUAAAGCCGAAGAGCCAAAUGUUUCCCCUAAAGCGACGCACAAGAAACGUAUGUCCGGCAACGGCAUCCUGCCCAUCAAGAUCGACGGAAGUCCCACUCGACCCCGGCAUACUCGAUCGCCAAGCCUGCAGCGCUCGCCAAAGCAAGAAAGAGCUUCUGUGCAGACUUCGCAGGCGUUCACCGACACGUUCAAGAAGACAAAAUCCACCAAGCCGGCGACGAAGGCGACUGUACUCCAGCAGGUCGUCUCUUCCACUCGACCACAUCAUCUGCCUCCCAAGAGCAAGCUGGAAGAACAGAAGCAUUUGCAACAACUGGAUCACAUGCGUAUAGCAGCAAAGGAGACAGAGAAGAAGAAACGUGCAGCUGCAGCAAUAAGGAAGCAGGCGAGAGAUCGAGCAGCGGCCGAGGCUUUCUCUACUUGGGAAAAGGAGAUAUUGCCCAAUUGGCAUGCGGUGGGAUCGAGCGCGAAGCUCAGAGAUGUCUGGUGGAGUGGCACCAUGCCCGUACGGUAUCGUGCCAAUCUAUGGAGUCUCUGUAUCGGUAAUGGUCUCGCCAUCAGCAAAGGAUCGUAUGCAAAGGCACAUCAGCUAGUCAGUCGACUACUCACAUCUUCAACAUACCCAGAAGAGAUCCUCAUCAUGAUCGACCAUGACAUUUCACGGACGAUGCCCAACAUAAAGCUGUUCGACAAAGAGAACGGCCCCAUGUGGUCCGAUCUCAGGAAUCUCUUGCUCGCUCAUAGCGUCUUCUGGCGCGAUCGACCGUCUUAUGCGCCCGGGAUAUGCUUUCCAGCUGCCAUGCUGCUCAUCUCCAUGCCACCGCCCGAAGCUUUUGUCGCUCUUGUCAAUCUUGUCAACAAGAGCUGCCUCAAGUCUUUCUAUGCAGGUGUAUCAGACGAGAUAGAGGCAUACUAUCGCAUAUUCGGUACGCUGCUGGCCGACACGAUGCCCAAAGUCUAUCGCAACUUUGUCGCACACGAUGUCAGACCGAAUUAUUAUCUCGGACCCUGGCUGACGACGCUCUAUACGCCCUUCUUGCCCUUGGACUUUUGCACGCGCAUUUUCGACGUCUUUGUGCUCGAAGGCGAUUCCUUCCUCUUUCGAUUCGCGCUAGCCCUGCUACAAGCCAUGGAACCCAGACUGUUCGAUCCCGAGAGUGAUGCCCUCGAACGAAUCUUUGCAGGUACCGAUGCUGGUGGUAGAGCGAUAGCCUCGCGCACAAAGGGCGUACCCGAGAGCCAGAUCACGCCGCAAGAUGUCUACGAGGCAUACGGACUAGAGGAAGACGAGGUGUUUGCGAUUGUCAAAUCUACAGAGUGGAAGGACUCGACUUGGUCAAGACUCGUCGAGCGCGAACUGCCAGACUAGACGAACACGCUUGUAAUACAAAUAGACAAGCCAUGUUGCAUAGAAUGCUGCUCUUUGCG